UGGCGUUGUGGCACUCAUUUACUUGACUUUCUUUAUUUGGAUUCAUUUGCCACACGUGAUUGGUUGAAGGGCAUCGUAAGUCAGGAAGUGGUCGAGGUGUUUUUGCUUUCGGUGACAAAAAAAAAAAAAAAAAACCAAAAAAAGACAGCAAAAUGAGGGGGCAUCGAAGCAACGAGCUGCCUGAAGACUUCUGGAUACCCGUCCCUUUGGACACCAACAACAUCACAUCGCUGAGUCCAUUCCUGGUUCCUCAGGACCAUCUGGGGAGUUCAGCCACCUUUUAUGCCAUGGCUGUGUUCAUGUUCUUUAUCUUUGUGGUGGGAACGUUCAUCAACAUCCUCACCAUUGCUUGCACCAUCCAGUACAAGAAGCUCAGGUCCCACCUGAACUACAUCCUGGUCAACUUGGCGGUAUCAAACCUUCUUGUGUCAUGUGUGGGCUCCUCCACUGCGUUCUGCAGUUUUUCUGCAAGAUAUUUCAUCCUUGGACCGUUGGCAUGCAAGAUUGAAGGUUUCAUGGUGACACUUGGCGGUAUGGUAAGCCUGUGGUCUCUUGCUGUGAUUGCUUUUGAACGAUGGCUGGUCAUUUGCAAGCCUCUGGGAAACUUUGUUUUUAAACCGGACCAUGCCAUAGCUUGCUGUGUGUUCACAUGGGUGUUUGCACUGAUUGCCUCGGCCCCGCCACUUUUCGGAUGGAGUAGAUAUAUCCCAGAGGGUCUCCAGUGCUCCUGCGGGCCAGAUUGGUACACCACAAAUAAUAAAUACAACAACGAAUCCUAUGUGAUGUUCCUCUUUGGCUUCUGCUUUGCUGUGCCCCUUGCCACCAUUAUCUUCUGCUAUGGUCAGCUGCUCAUUACGAUGAAAAUGGCUGCAAAAGCGCAGGCCGAGUCUGCCUCCACUCAGAAAGCAGAGAAGGAAGUGACCAGGAUGGUGAUUAUCAUGGUGAUGGGCUUCCUGGUGUGCUGGCUACCAUAUACGACCUUUGCUCUUUGGAUUGUCUUUAACCGUGGGCAAUCCUUUGACCUGCGAAUGGCCACCAUACCUUCUUGCUUUUCAAAGAGCUCAGCAGUCUACAACCCGAUCAUCUAUGUUGUCUUUAACAAACAGUUCCGCUCAUGCAUGAUGCAGAUGCUGGGAAUGGGUAGUAGUGAAGAAGAGACAUCAUCAUCAACAACUUCAGUGACCGAAGUCUCCAAAGUUGGGCCUGCUUAGAGGGUGCACUUGCUGAUUUUUAUGCCACUAAAGAGUCAGUCAGUUGUAAAUAAUAUCAAUGAAUGUUUUCGCAAUGUUAAAAAACAACAACAAAAAAAAUAUUCUAAUAAAGUAAUGUGCUUUUACAACUUUUGUGAACUCAACAAAAUA